AUGGUGAUUCCAUUUCAGGGAAACCAUUACAUGCAGCUUAAUCCAAACCAAGUGGUGUACGGAAAUGGGCAGCGUUACCAGCCGUGCGUGCAGAAUUUUGGAACGGAGCCUAGCUAUCCGAACUUCCCACCAAACUAUCCACUGAACUGUCCACUAAACUAUCCCCCGAACUAUCAACAUAACCCUCAACCCAACCCCCAACCAAACUACCCACUGAACCAUCAAUAUAACCUCCAAACGAACAACCCACCAAACUACCCACUAAACUACCAACAUAACCCCGAAACGCACUACCCACAAUACUACUCGUCGAACGCCUAUCCGCCUAACUCGCCCCAACCACCGAAUCCGUACUCUUCACGCCCACCGAUUCGCCGGGAGAUCAUACAUUUCGGGAACACGCCCGGCUAUUACUGGCACGGCUGUUGGUACAACUGCGGAUUGCCUCGUCCCAGGACCCCUGCUCCCCAGCAGGUCGUGCAACAACCGGAAUCCUAUGUAAUGGGGAUGCAACCGCCGGUGGCGCCACCACCACCACCUCAACCUAUCUAUCAGAUUAGAGAGCCAGUAGCGCCACCUCAGCCACCGCCUCAAUCCAUGGCCCACGAUCCCCGACUACAGGGUGUCUACAUGAUGACAGGGCCACCGCAGAUGCCACGCCCACAACUUCCAACCACACAGCAGGUGCCACUCAGCUACUGUGUCAUGCAGCCCCAGCCUGGUCCACGAAAACUUCCUCCUGAACUCCAGGCACCUCAGGUGGUGGAGAUCGUGUUGGGACCCUCAAUUGACGUCACCCGAACCGACGAUAAGUUAAUCCUGGACUUUCGAGGGCUGCAUCCUCCCCGUCCAGUGCCAGCAACGCCUAAUCAAGUCAACGAAUCGGAACAGAUAUCGGAAGAUAUCGGGUUUCAACCUAGUCCACCUGCCGAGUCUAAAUCGCCUCUUCCAUCAGGAUCUAGUAACACAAUGCCUUCUACAAAUGAAUCAGCUGAAGAUGGAUCUCAAAAUAGUGCAGUAAAUGCUGAAAAACAACUGGAAAUUAUUCAAUGUCUCAAUAAUGUAGCCCAGGAUGUGGUAUUAAUCGCUGAGCAUGUUGAGCAGAGUGUUCAUAACCCGGCAGAAAACUUGGACAUGGUAGAGCAAAAAGUUAUCCAAGGCCAUCCGAAUAUGGUUGAGAAUCCCAGAUUUAUUCCUGCUCAGUGUUUAGAUUUACCUACGAGCCAGCCAGAAAAUGAGCCAAUUCCGGUUCCGGUUCCGAACUUGGUCGCAGAACAGCAGGAAACCGAACAAUCUUCCAAUGCGACCUCAAACGAAGUGAAGAAGCCGAACGAAUCUGAAACUUUUUACGAAGAUCUUAGCGUAAAUAAAGCUACCGAAUUGGAGAAGCAAUUCGAAGUCACUCAGGUAAUACAAGAAAACUUUGAUCUCAAAUCCCAUGACAUUGCGGACAUUGAGAAGGGAAUGGAUCAGUUGCAUAUCGCAGAUCCACUGCCCGAUCUGGUAACUCAGGCAGGAGAAACUCCUGUCCAAAAUGAAAGAAUCGAUGAUUCGAAAAUGACUUGUACACUGCCGAUAACGAUCCCACCGGCCAAGUCCAUCGGAUCAUCCCUUUUGAAAGUUAUUAAGCAGGAAAAUAUCACUAGCAACAUAUUACAACCCAUUAAAAAAUCGGAUCGGAAUAUUUCUGUAACGCACAAGAAAAAGCUUCCUGUGCCUCGGAAACCACAGCACAAGUCCAUCGGUGCAUCCCUUUUACAAGUUAUCGAAAAGGAAAACAUCACCAGCACCAUUCAAAAACCAGACCUUUCUGUGCCUCAGAAACCCUUGAAUCAGUGGCCACCUUUGGAGACACGUCCACGAACUAGACUUGCGCCAAUUAAGAAACCUUUGGCUCCGGGGAUCAAGCUACAAAAGACAGGAUCUGUAAAUUCGCUACGGUCAACGCGCAGUUCCUUUGGGAGCCGGAAGAUCUUCAAAUCUGUGGAGCAAAAAGUACCACCGGCAGUCGAGCUAAAAAUCAAUGUACCAGAAGCUAAAACGGCCCCAAUUUCGCCAGCAAAGAGGAUCGAAGGAAAUAUUCAACAGGGUGUAAGGAAAAACUCGGCAAAACCCAAGGUCAAAAAGAGUCCGGAAAUUAAAUCACCGCCCACGAAAAAGCCAAUGGUGAUAUUGGAGAAGAGAGAAGCCCCAAAGCCAGUGACAGAUUCCUUGGUCACAAUAUCAAAUAUGUUCGAGCUGCUCCUUGAUGAGCCGGAAACGCAGUUAUCAGAAGUCGAUGAUGACGAAAGUUUUCAACCAGAGGCCCAAAAAACUGGUAAACUGGUUCCGCAAAAGGCGGUUAAUUCCAAAAAGGAAAAGAGGCGCCUGAAGAAAAUUAGUACGGCCCAAAAGAAGCUGGAAUUAUCUGAGAAAAAGGCAGCCAAAGAAGCCUUAAGGGCUAAGAAAGCAGCAGAUAAGGCCAAAGACUUGGAGUCAAGCCAAACAUUCGAAAAAUGCUUAGCGAGCAUAAAGAAAAAUGAGGUGGCCUAUUGGCAGCUAACCGAUCUCAUGAGGAAGUCCUCGAUGAAACCCAUUGGACCCCCGCCUCCACCAGGAGCACCACAGCCUCCACCGCCUGCACCUGAACCACCUGCACCUGCUGGAGUUCCGGAGAGGAAGAGAAAGAGCCCCGGGCUAAGUAAGUUCCUCAGUGCGGUUAAUGUGGCCGCGUUGAAACAAGUGGUUGCAAAGCGAAGGGAACUGUUUGAGAAGAGAAAGCCGGCUAGCAAUGAUUUGGAUAUUAAUCCAACCCUUCGACUGCGUCCUUUGAUUCCAGCUGGGGAUGCCAAGGAACCAACUCAAAGUACUCCAUCGGUGGUUCCUCCACCAAAACUCCAGAGAAUAGAUGGUUAA